AUGAAGAUGCAGACAGGACUGGAAAGAUUCAGAGCCGAAAUCGCUGGCAUGCGCUUGACAGUAUUUGAAGGAAUUUCGUUAAUGGAAUUUGACUCGUGGCACAACCAGGACCUGAUUGGAUUGCGACCGGAAGGGGAAAACUUUGACAAUGCCAGUCAGACAAUAGCUGGCAGCGAAACGGAGGAUCCAUUGUCCUUCGGCCGCACUAUCGAAGAAGGAAAUAUUAUGGUGCACCACAACUGUCUGUACCUGAGCUCGAAUCUCAUCCAGCGCGGCAACAGCCGCGUCGGCAUUUUGCACUUCCUGAUGGACGACAUCGUCGCCGAGGCCAGGCGUUGCCGCCAUCUCAUAUGCGUUUACUGUCAACGCCCGAGCGCCAGCAUAGGCUGCUGCAAGUCAGGAUGCCGUCGAACAUUUCACACAAAGUGCGGCAUCAAGAAUCUCGCCCAGAACCAGUUCCGUGGGACAUACAAGUCGUACUGCCACCGCCAUGUGAUCACCCAUCGCCGUCGUCCGACCAGCUCGGACACCAUCUGUGUCAUCUGCACAGAGCUGCUGGUCGAGGAGGGUGAGCGCUUCAAUGUGGUGAACAUGCUUUAUUCGCCAUGCUGCCGGAACGGCUGGUACCACCGCGGAUGCCUGCAUGUGUACGCUAACACUUCCGGGUACUUCUUCAAGUGCCCACUAUGCAACAACAACGAGGAGUUCCACGACGUGACCCUCUGGGGCUUCGCAUUGUCUAGCCAGGACGCCACUUGGGAGACCGAGCCCAAUGCAUAUGCCGAACAUUUCCGUCGCGACAUGGUGUGCGUUGCCGAAAAAUGCAUCGCGCUGGCCGGCCGCACAGACAAUUCAAUACUUCUGCUGUACUGCAACACUUGCGGCUCCAAUCCGGCACACGCCUUGUGCAUCGGCCAAGUUGUCUCGCCCGUUCCGCCUUCCCUGGUUGACUCUGAGAUCGAGUCGGUGAACUCCGACGACAGCGACACUUUCGAGUGGUUCGCUCAGGCGGCUUCUAACCAUACACCCCCGAGAAAUCAGAGCCCAACCACCUUGACCAAUGGGCGCGAUUAUGUCCAGCCCAAGCUGUAUUCCUCCGGCUGGGAUCUUAAUGAUGGCAAUGACACCGAGGACGAUGAGGAAGUGUUCCAGCGUGAGGCCGAAAUGCAGGAACGUCAGCAGACAAUCGCCGAGUUAUCCGAGGAUUCGUCCGAUGAGCAGCCAUCUACCUCUGCGGCGGCUGCGCAGUUAUUAGUUAUCCGCAGGUCCACCCGUUCCACUGCAGCCUCAGACUGUGGGCCCAAAACAACCAAGAGAACACCGAGCCAGCCAGCUCAUCAUCUCACACCAGCAGGCGUUCUAUGCGCUGCCGUCGCACAAUCCCAGCCAGAAUGCUUGAUACAGACGAUGAAUCUGAUACCGAUGCCGAAAAGAACAGGCGCAAACCGAAGAAGCGCGCCGCAUCGCCCUCCCCACCUGCUAUGCGAGCAAACAGGCGCUCAUGCGCUCCAUCACGCCGGAUGCGUCCAACGUGCGCUACUUCGGAGGCCGCCCCACCACUCCGGAGGCAGCCCCCAGUCGCUCCAACGCCCAAUCGCCACCAGGGAGAAACAUGCGCCGCAGGACCAUGGCCGGCUCGAAUCCGACUCGCUUGCCUAGCUACUGGGCCCAUCGCAAGUAGAGAUGGCAAACUUAUACUCUACAGAAAACAUUCCAUGUACAGAAACUUUGACCAUGCAGCGGAUCCCAAUGCGUGCGUUCCAUCCGCUGCUGCUAUUUUAGUUUGUAAUUUUUUUACAUCGCUUACACUCCACGUACCACAAAACGCUAGUGGUAGGUGAA